AUGCCAGCGUACCUGGAUGAUCCGUAUGACAUUGGCGCGCGACUCGUGAGGGGCUCUCUCCGCAGGGCGAGGGUUUUUAGAGAUCGCCAGAAUCCGCUGGCAUACCCAGACAAUAUUCUCCAUGAAAGGUAUAGAUUUUCAUCUGAGGGAAUUUGUUACCUUUGCCAGGUGCUCGGUCCAGAGGUCUCUAAUUCCACUCGGCGCAGCAAUGCCCUCACGAUCGAGUGUACAGUAUCUCUGCGAUAUUUUGCCAGUGGCCAGUUUAUGUAUUCCAUCGGUGAUGCUGAAUAUCUGAGCAAGAAUACUGUUUGCCGUGCGGUUCGCAAAGUGGUACUUGCGCUGUCUAAACUGUUGGAUGCAUUUGUGGUUUUCCCUGGUGAUUUAAGUGCUCUGCGGAAUAAAGAAGGGUUUCAUGCAAUCGCAGGUAAAUCGCAGGUCAUAGUCAUUGUCGAUUGCACACACAUCCCAGUCAGUGCACCCCUGGGAGAGCAUUAUGUGAAUCGCAAAUCUAUUCACAGCAUCAACGUACAGCCCGACGUCCGGGAGGACCCCGUCGCGCUGAACUUAGCCACUGACAGCUGCGACCUCCUGCUGGGGAUGUCCCUAAAGAAGGGCGGACAUCGUUUGGGAGAGGUGCGCUCCAACCUCAACCAGCUGGUUCAGCGCCUAACAGCACGGAGGUUGGGACUGGACGCACGGUACGUCGCGGAGGUUGUUCCCCAGCCGUCCGUCCUGUCGGACGUGGAGCAGCCUCCCGCGGACACCGUGACAAAAAGGAAGAGGAAGAAACAGACGACCGCCCCUGCGAUCGCUCUGGGAGCCUGUACGCCUGUUCCCACUUCUUUUUUAACCGGAGAGCUGGAGGACUCCUCGGCCGUCCUUAUCGACACCACCGCUGCCAAGCUGCCCGCGCAGGCAGCUUUCCCCGUCUGGGGAAAGCACCCAGCCGCCGCUAAGCUGCUACCCCCCCUCGAGCGGUGGCUCUGUGCUGGUCGAAGACAAAGGUAG